ACUGUGUCUAGUACAUCUCCAGAAAUCAGUACCAUGAUGACUACUGAAAACAGCACACCAUCAGUCAACACGUCUCCAAAAUUGCCUAGUGCAUCUCCAAACAUCAGUACCAUGAUGACUACUGAAAGCGGCACACUAUCAGUCAAUACAUCUCCAACUGUGUCUAGUACAUCUCCAGACAUCAGUACCAUGACGACCACUGAAAGCAGCACACCAUCAGUCAACACGUCUCCAACAUUGACCAGUACAUCUCAAGUCAUCAGUACCAUGAUGACUAUUGAAAGCAGCUCACCAUCAGUCAACACGUCUCCAACUGUGUCUAGUACAUCUCCAGACAUCAGUACUAUGAUUACUACUGAAAGCAGCACAUCAUCAGUCAUCACGUCUCCAACUGUGUCUAGUACAUCACCAUACAUCAAUACCAUGAUGACUGCUGAAAGCAGGACUCCAUCAGUCAACACAUCUCCAACAUUGUCUAGCACAUCUCCAUACAUCAGUACCACGAUGACUUCUGAAAGAAGCACACCAUCAGUCAACACGUCUCCAACUGUGUCUAGUACAUCUACAUACAUCAAUACCAUGAUGACCACUGAAAGCAGCACACCAUCAGUCAACACGUCUCCAAUAUUGUCUAGUACAUCUAUAGACAUCAGUACCAUGAUGACUACUGAAAGCAGCACACCAUCAGUCAACACGUCUCCAAUAAUGUCUAGUACAUCUCCAGACAUCAAUACCAUGAUGACUACUGAAAGCAGCGCACCAUCAGUCAACACGUCUCCAUCUGGGUCUAGUACAUCUCCAGACAUCAGUACCAUGAUGACUACUGAAAGCAGCACAACAUCAGUCAACACGUCGCCAACUGUGUCUAGUACAUCUCCAGACAUCAAUAUCAUGAUGACUACUGGAAGCAGCUCACCAUCAGUCAACACGUCUCCAACUGUGUCUAGUACAUCUCCAGACAUCAGUACCAUUAUCACUUCUGAAAGCAGCACACCAUCGGUCAACACGUCUCCAACAAUGGCUGGUACAUCUCCAGACAUCGGUACCAUGAUGACUUCUGAAAGUAGCUCACCAUCAGUCAACACGUCUCAAACAUUGUCUAGUACAUCUCCAGGCAUCAGUACCAUGAUGACUACUGAAAGCAACACACUAUCAGUCAACACGUCUCCAACAUUUUCUAGUACAUCUCCAUAUAUCAGUACCAUGACGACCACUGAAAGCAGCACACCAUCAGUCAACGCGACUGCAAAAUUGUCUAGUACAUCUCCAGACAUCAGUACCAUGAUGACUACUGAAAGCAGCACUCCAUCAGUCAACACAUCUCCAACUGUGUCUAGUACAUCUCCGGAUAUCAGUACCAUGAUGACUUCUGAAAGCAGCACACCACCAGUCAACACGUCUCCAACUGUGUCUAGUACAUCUCCAGACAUCAGUACCAUGAUGACUACUGAAAGCAGCACACCAUCAAUCAACACGUCUCAAACAAUGUCUAGUACAUCUCCAGACAUCAGUACCAUGAUGACUUCUGAAAACAGCACACCACCAGUCAACACGUCUCCAACCGUGUCUAGUACAUCUCCAGACAUCAGUACCAUGAUGACAACUGAAAGCAGCACACCAUCAAUCAACACGUCUCCAACAUUGCCUAGUGCAUCUUCAGAAAUCAGUACCAUGAUGACUACUGAAAGCAGCACACUAUCAGUCAAUACAUCUCCAACUGUGUCUAGUACAUCUCCAGACAUCAGUACCAUGACGACCACUGAAAGCAGCACACCAUCAGUCAACACGUCUCCAACAUUUUCCAGUACAUCUCAAGUCAUCAGUACCAUGAUGACUAUUGAAAGCAGCUCACCAUCAGUCAACACGUCUCCAACUGUGUCUAGUACAUCUCCAGACAUCAGUACUAUGAUUACUACUGAAAGCAGCACAUCAUCAGUCAUCACGUCUCCAAAAGUGUCUAGUACAUCUCCGGAUAUAAGUACCAUGAUGACAUCUGAAAACAGUACACCACCAGUCAACACGUCUCCAACUGUGUCUAGUACAUCUCCAGAAAUCAGUACCAUGAUGACUACAGAAAGCAGCACACCAUUUGUCAACACGUCUCCAACUGUGUCUAGUACAUCGCCAGACAUCAGUACCAUGAUGACUUCUGAAAACAGGACACCACCAGUCAACACGUCUCCAACAUUGCCUAGUGCAUCUCCGGACAUCAGUACCAUGAUGACUACUGAAAGCAGCACACCAUCAGUCAACACAUCUCCAACUGUGUCCAGUACAUCUCCAGACAUCAGUACCAUAACGACCACUGAAAUCAGCACACCAUCAGUCAACACGUCUCCAACAUUGUCCAGUACAUCUCAAGAUAUCAGUACCACGAUGACUAUUGAAAGCAGCUCACCAUUAGUCAACACGUCUCCAACUGUGUCUAGUACAUCUCCAGACAUCAGUACCAUGAUUACUGCUGAAAGCAGCACAUCAUCAGUCAUCACGUCUCCAACUGUGUCUAGUACAUAUCCAUACAUCAAUACCAUGAUGACUGCUGAAAGCAGCACUCUAUCAGUCAACACAUCUCCAGCUGUGUCUAGUAAAUCUCCGGAUAUCAGUACCAUGAUGACUAUUGAAAGCAGCACUCCAUCAGUCAACACAUCUCCAACUGUGUCUCGUACAUCUCCAGAUAUCAGUACCAUGAUGACUAUUGAAAGCAGCACUCCAUCAGUCAACACGUCUCCAACUGUGUCUAGUACAUCUCCAGACAUCAGUACUAUGAUUACUACUGAAAGCAGCACAUCAUCAGUCAUCACGUCUUCAACUGUGUCUAGUACAUCUCCAUACAUCAAUACCAUGAUGACUGCUGAAAGCAGCACUCUAUCAGUCAACACAUCUCCAACUGUGUCUAGUACAUCUCCGGAUAUCAGUACCAUGAUGACUUCUGAAAACAGCACACCACCAGUCAACACGUCUCCAACUCUGUCUAGUACAUCUCCAGAAAUCAGUACCAUGAUGACUACUGAAAGCAGCACUCCAUCAGUCAACACGUCUCAAACAAUGUCUAGUACGUCUCCAGACAUUAGUACCAUGAUGACUUCUGAAAACAGCACACCAUCAGUCAACACAUCUCCAAAUGUGUCUAGUGCAUCUCCAGACGUCAGUACCAUGAUGACUACUGAAAGCAGCACACUAUCAGUCAAUACAUCUCCAACUGUAUCUAGUACAUCUCCAGACAUCAGUACCAUAACGACCACUGAAAGCAGCACACCAUCAGUCAACACGUCUCCAACAUUGUCCAAUACAUCUCAAGUCAUCAGUACCAUGAUGACUUUUGAAAGCAGCUCACCAUCAGUCAACACGUCUCCAACUGUGUCUAGUACAUCUCCAGACAUCAGUACUAUGAUUACUACUGAAAUCAGCACAUUAUCAGUCAUCACGUCUCCAACUGUGUCUAGUACAUCACCAUACACCAAUACCAUGAUGACUGCUGAAAGCAGGACUCCAUCAGUCAACACAUCUCCAACAUUGUCUAGUACAUCUCCAUACAUCAGUACCACGAUGACUUCUGAAAGAAGCACACCAUCAGUCAACACGUCUCCAACUGUGUCUAGUACAUCUGCAUACAUCAAUACCAUGAUGACCACUAAAAGCAGCACACCAUCAGUCAACACGUCUCCGAUAUUGUCUAGUACAUCUAUAGACAUCAGUACCAUGAUGACUACUGAAAGCAGCACACCAUCAGUCAACACGUCUCCAAUAUUGUCUAGUACAUCUCCAGACAUCAGUACCAUGAUGACUUCUGAAAGCAGCGCACCAUCAGUCAACACGUUUCCAACUGGGUCUAGUACAUCUCCAGACAUCAGUACCAUGAUGACUACUGAAAGCAGCACAACAUCAGUCAACACGUCGCCAACUGUGUCUAGUACAUCUCCAGACAUCAAUACCAUGAUGACUACUGAAAGCGGCUCACCAUCAGUCAACACGUCUCCAACUGUGUCUAGUGCAUCUCCAGACAUCAGUACCAUGAUGACUACUGAAAGCAGCACACUAUCAGUCAAUACAUCUCCAACUGUGUCUAGUACAUCUCCAGACAUCAGUACCAUAACGACCACUGAAAGCAGCACACCAUCAGUCAACACGUCUCCAACAUUGUCCAGUACAUCUCAAGAUAUCAGUACCACGAUGACUAUUGAAAGCAGCUCACCAUUAGUCAACACGUCUCCAACUGUGUCUAGUACAUCUCCAGACAUCAAUACCAUGAUUACUGCUGAAAGCAGCACAUCAUCAGUCAUCACGUCUCCAACUGUGUCUAGUACAUAUCCAUACAUCAAUACCAUGAUGACUGCUGAAAGCAGCACUCUAUCAGUCAACACAUCUCCAGCUGUGUCUAGUAAAUCUCCGGAUAUCAGUACCAUGAUGACUAUUGAAAGCAGGACUCCAUCAGUCAACACAUCUCCAACUGUGUCUAGUACAUCUCCAGAUAUCAGUACCAUGAUGACUAUUGAAAGCAGCACACCAUCAGUCAACACGUCUCCAACUGUGUCUAGUACAUCUCCAGACAUCAGUACUAUGAUUACUACUGAAAGCAGCACAUCAUCAGUCAUCACGUCUUCAACUGUGUCUAGUACAUCUCCAUACAUCAAUACCAUGAUGACUGCUGAAAGCAGCACUCUAUCAGUCAACACAUCUCCAACUGUGUCUAGUACAUCUCCGGAUAUCAGUACCAUGAUGACUUCUGAAAACAGCACACCACCAGUCAACACGUCUCCAACUCUGUCUAGUACAUCUCCAGAAAUCAGUACCAUGAUGACUACUGAAAGCAGCACUCCAUCAGUCAACACGUCUCAAACAAUGUCUAGUACAUCUCCAGACAUUAGUACUAUGAUGACUUCUGAAAACAGCACACCAUCAGUCAACACAUCUCCAAAUGAGUCUAGUGCAUCUCCAGACAUCAGUACCAUGAUGACUACUGAAAGCAGCACACUAUCAGUCAAUACAUCUCCAACUGUGUCUAGUACAUCUCCAGACAUCAGUACCAUAACGACCACUGAAAGCAGCACACCAUCAGUCAACACGUCUCCAACAUUGUCCAGUACAUCUCAAGUCAUCAGUACCAUGAUGACUAUUGAAAGCAGCUCACCAUCAGUCAACACGUCUCCAACUGUGUCUAGUGCAUAUCCAGACAUCAGUACUAAGAUUACUACUGAAAUCAGCACAUCAUCAGUCAUCACGUCUCCAACUGUGUCUAGUACAUCACCAUACAUCAAUACCAUGAUGACUGCUGAAAGCAGGACUCCAUCGGUCAACACAUCUCCAACAUUGUCUAGUACAUCUCCAUACAUCAGUACCACGAUGACUUCUGAAAGAAGCACACCAUCAGUCAACACGUCUCCAACUGUGUCUAGUACAUCUGCAUACAUCAAUACCAUGAUGACCACUAAAAGCAGCACACCAUCAGUCAACACGUCUCCGAUAUUGUCUAGUACAUCUAUAGACAUCAGUACCAUGAUGACUACUGAAAGCAGCUUACCAUCAGUCAACACGUCUCCAAUAUUGUCUAGUACAUCUCCAGACAUCAGUACCAUGAUGACUUCUGAAAGCAGCGCACCAUCAGUCAACACGUCUCCAACUGGGUCUAGUACAUCUCCAGACAUCAGUACCAUGAUGACUACUGAAAGCAGCACAACAUCAGUCAACACGUCGUCAACUGUGUCUAGUACAUCUCCAGACAUCAAUACCAUGAUGACUACUGAAAGCAGCUCACCAUCAGUCAACACGUCUCCAACUGUGUCUAGUACAUCUCCAGACAUCAGUACCAUGAUGACUACUGAAAGCAGCACACCAUCGGUCAACACGUCUCCAACAAUGGCUGGUACAUCUCCAGACAUCGGUACCAUGAUGACUUCUGAAAGUAGCUCACCAUCAGUCAACACGUCUCUUACUGUGUCUGGUACAUCUUUAGGCAUCAGUACCGUGAUGACUUCAGCAAGUAGUACACACGCGAGCAGCAAUCCAUCGAUCAACCCGUCUCUUACUUCGACUAGUCCUUUUAUGUAUAUCGGUGACAUGACGACCCCGUUAGUCAGCGCGCCAUCAGUCAUUACAUUUCAAACUCCGUCGAUGACCUCUUACGUCACCGACGAACAAACUACAAUUGAAAAUACGAAUCCUCCUUUUACUCAAUAUCCGGUGUUGCGUCCGGAUUUAGGAUUUGCAGUAUAUGUGGUGGAAUUUGUUCUUGUAAUUAACGCAAGAUAUGACCCUUUAAUUGAAAAGGAUGAGAGUUUCUUGGAGGAUCUUCGCACUAAGUUGAACACGAACAUGUUCAAUAACACACCAGGUUACAGCUUUACAUUCAGCUUUAGUGAAGGAAGCAUAAAAUGCCACAUUGAGGCGAGAUUUAAUCAAAGUGCAGUGAUGAUUGCAAAUAAAAACAUCACGACGGUUCUUCAACAAAUUGACGAUAACGUACGGUCGAUUCGAAACAUCUCAACAACACGUGGGGAAGUAAAAACACUGGAUCUGCAACAAAAUGUUAAAGAUAUAAGAGCGAGAGUAAUGGCCCUCAAAGACCAAUGCAGCCUUAUCACAGGCGCGUGCCUGCCAGAUUAUGAAUUAACAUGCCUUAACGGUGACGUGUCACGGGGCUCUUGUGUGCACAAAUGCGUCACAACUCAGUCAAUUGACUAUUGUGGCAACCAUGGGACCUGCUUCUAUGACUUUGGAAACGAUGCACUGGCUUGCAAGUGCGAUCAGACAUCAUACCACGUGUAUCACGGGUCACGCUGCGACGAGAUGACAGCAACCCAGAAGUAUGUGCUCACCAUGUCAUUGGGGAUAGGGGAGGCGUGGUGUUCGUCCUGCUGAUCAUCAUCAUAUGUGUGUGCAUCCGCAAUUAUAGGAACAGGAAUAAACACAACAUCAGUGAUUAUGGUGUAUCUAGAUGGGAUGAGCCACCGACAGGCCGUAUAGCGACACUAAAGGAUCUCAGUUUCCGAUCCCAUCCAGGCAAAACAGGGUCGACAUACGGGCGUUACCACCGAACACCGGGUCAUGUCAACAUGGCAUUUGAACCUGUAUUUAGCGGAAGUGGGCGUUUGCGCCAAGGAAUGUACCUCCCCUCACCGGACGAAGAUGACUUCUACAACACGCCGUCAUUUAUGCGCAUAGAUCCCGCAGCUGAUGGUGGAACCACUUCAAUCGAAUACCCACAACAACAUUUCUUUGAUGGGACCGAAAGCCUGGUAGCGUUAUAGUGUACUCUAUUCAAAGACCACGGGUGUCGAAACGACCCAACGAGAUUUACAGACAACUUUAUUCCGACACCCAUUCAGAAUUUCCCAAAGACAGAUCUAGACAGAUGUCGAAAGGACCACAACCAUCAUCUGGAAUUGAAAUAAGAACAAUGUUGUAGUGAGCUUUUGUGAGUGUGUAUGGUGCAUAUCAAGGUCAUUAACCCAUGUAUGUCUAGUGGACUCUUCCAUCCUUCAAAAUUGGAUCAAUUUAUUUCCAAAAUUAGGGAUGUCUAGUAUAUUUAUUUCUAUAUUUAGAAUAUUUCUUACAGAAAUUCCUUUAAGCAAACAGCGCAGACCCAGAUGAGACGCCGCAUCAUGCGGUGUCUGAUCUGGGUCUACGCUGUUUGCCAAGGCCUUUUUUCUAGACGCUAGGCAUAAAUGGGAUAAUCGAACUGCAAUUAGGAUUUGUAUCCCGUUAGGCCACCAAGAACGGCCUUUGUGUCAUAAUUUGUUUGCAAUUUUUUUGUAGUAUAUAGCUUUGACCAUAUAAUUAUUUUGUCGUAAAAUAUGUUUUAAUCCUGGCAAAUAUUUCUAUGUGAAUAGGUUCGUAAAUGCAUUGUAACACACAUGUAGCUUGCGAUUGGUAAAUAAUUGAUUUAAUUUGCAUUACAAGUGCAAACAUUUUCUGAGGCAAAAUUUGUCUUAAUAGACUGUUUCGGACUAACAAGAAAGAAACUGAUAGCCUUAUCAUGCCAAGAGAAUAUCAUCCCCAUUAAACGCUUUUAGUACAACACGUAAUUAUUGUGUAAAAAUGUUUUAUUGCGUUCAUACGUAAUCGGAAAUUUUAUGUUGAAUAUCAACCGGUGCUUAUCUUCCAGAAUCUCCCGUAAGAAAAUUUUAAUCUCAUUUGUUUAUUAAUUCAAUCUUGACUUUCAUAUUUGAAUAAUCAUAAAUCAUAUAUGUUUAUAUUUAUAUUUCAAUCAUUUGAAAUCUUCAAUCAUUCACACAGAGAGAUAAUCGCUGGUUGAUGCCAUACUAUAUUUUUUUAAGUCAUCUUUAUAUGCUUUACAGUUGGUUCAAUUGUAUAAUUUGAACAAAUUUUUUAUCUAAGUUGGUUAUCAUUUUAAGGACAUGAAAUUAUUUCAUCUUACAUAUUUUAAGUUUGUGUAUAUAUUCGCAUCAGAUGUGGAAAAACGCGUUCUAUCUUUAUUGGUAAAAUAUGUGGUGUUUAUGUAUACAUUUUAAAGUAUAAAUAUCAAAUAAUCUAGCUAGAUAUAGAUCAAAAUGUUGUCAAUAAAAACUGUUGUUGA